AUGUCAGAAGAGUUGCAAGAGGAUGAUCGAAUAUUUCUGGAACAAGCAUUCACUUUGGCAGAAGAAGCUCUGAAUCAAGACGAAGUUCCAGUUGGAUGCGUGUUUGUGGUCGACGGCGAAGAAAUAGGAAGAGGCAGGAAUCGAGUGAACGAAACGGGAGACCCAACUAGGCAUGCCGAAAUGGUGGCAGUCACAGAAAUUUGGAGCAAGUACGGAGAAGAAAGCAAUAAUCUGCUGAAAAAAUCUGUUCUUUACGUCUCUCUCGAGCCAUGUAUUAUGUGCUCUUCUGCUAUGUACCAACUGGGAAUUCGAAAAAUGGUGUAUGGUGCAGAAAAUCCUCGGUUCGGAGGAGUGAGGAGUGUUGGAAGUGCUGAGAAGUACAGAGAAGAGAAUAAUAUAGAGAUCGUUGCUGGAGUGUGGGCGGAACGAUCGGUUGGAAUGCUCAAAGCAUUUUACGAAAAACAGAAUCCGUUUGCACCUCCAGAAAAACGAAAAACCAAAACACCCAAGUUAUGGAGUACAACCAGGCCUUUUUGUUCUGUGAUUACUUGGACGACGAAAUCGCCACUCUCGACCCUAGCCGUUCUCCAGAGAAAAACGAGUGCUGUCAAUGUCUUGUCCAUUCGUCAACUCAACAAGAAGCCAAGCCGUUCAGACAAGUCAGCAGAUCAGAAAAAUUACACGUACUAUGUAAUGAGUUUGGUCAUCGUUGCUAUCGGAUGCACCUUCGCUGCUAUUCCCGCGUACCGGAUUUUCUGCGAACAAACGUCUUUCGGAGGUUUGACUCAGGUAGCCAAAGACUUUGACAAAAUUGCGAAUAUGAAGAAGUGCGAAGACCGUUUGAUUCGAGUGCAAUUCAAUUCUGAUGUACCGUCAAGUAUGCGCUGGGAGUUCAAACCACAACAGCAUGAGAUCUUUGUACACCCGGGAGAAACUGCACUUGCAUUCUAUACAGCUCGGAAUCCAACGGACAAACCUAUUAUUGGAAUUUCAAGUUACAAUCUUACACCGUUUCAAGCGGCAUACUAUUUCAACAAAAUCCAAUGUUUCUGCUUCGAAGAACAAAUUCUGAACCCCGGCGAGCAAGUCGAUCUCCCAGUAUUUUUCUACAUUGACCCAGAUUAUGUCAAUGAUCCAGCUCUCGAGUACCUUGAUUCGAUUUUACUGAGUUAUACAUUCUUCGAAGCAAAGUCAGGAUUGAAACUUCCGGAUCCGUUUGAUCCGAAAAACCGCCCCUCCAUUGCUCCAUCGCCGGAUAAAGUGCCUGAAAAAUCAAACUGA